UUAAGAGUGGUACAUAACAAGACGGACGCUUCCCAUUAAUGAUGUAGGUUAAAAUGUUUGAUUCUUUAUGGUUCUUGGCAGUCACAAAUUACAUCAAAAAUAUGAAUAUGACAGCCCCAUGGUUCAUCUACAGAGGUACUUUUUACACUUUGUCAGAUCAAGACAUUGAAAAUUAAAAAAGAGGUCUAAGAAUUAACAAUCAAUUCAAUAAAUCACGGCUGAAUAUCCCUCUCAUCCGAUCAGCAAACGUCAUGAUGACCAGAAGGAAACUAAAUGUCAAAGAUGGCUCAGGCAAGUUCUGAUAAAUUCAGUAAAGAACAAUUGAACUAUUUUCGAAUUUGUCACGUGACAGCUACCGUCAUUCCGGAUGGUCUUCGUACAGUGUUUAAACAACAAUGGGAUGCUCGUUACAAAAUAUCACAUGGUGAAUGGAGCGACACUGCGCAAAAUGGAGCUGAUUUCUACAGUUUGAUACCAAUUAAAGAGCGAAAAUUGAAAACAAAAGAACUUUCAGUCAUCAGAAAUGGAAACAGAAAAGAAUGGGACUGCACGUGCUUGUUUUACGGGAUACUUUACUCCGAUUGUAUUGGAAGAAACACGCUUGACCUAAAAGUAAAGAAAGCUGUUGAUGAUCUGCGACAGUUUCGUAACAAGUAUGCCCACUGCCAUCAAAGCAAAGUAACUGAUGCAGAUUUCCACACUUCAAUACAAGAUGUAAUUAACGCUUUCGAUGACUUAAAACUGGAUACAAAUGCUGUUAAAAAAAUUAAAUCACAAACAAGUUUCCAAACGGAUGAGCUCCAAAGAAUCCAGGUUCAACUGGAUAAGGAGAAGAAGCGCAACCAGGAGCCACAGACAUUUUGUGAAUUGCCGCCCAAACCAUCGCAUGAAACCAUCCCGCGCUCGAACGAAGUAGAUGAAAUAAUGAAAGAGAUGAAAACGUUACAAAGCCGUUAUCCAAACGAGGUUACACAUGUCUACCUGUCAGGAAAUCCAGGCUGUGGAAAAAGUGAAACCGCAAGACAAAUUGGCGAAAAGGUGUUUUAUGAAACAGCGAGUGCUUCGUCGAAAACAUUUGUAUUCACACUAAAUGCGUCCAGCGUAGACACACUACUGAGAUCGUACAUUAACUUUUCUCGUUUUCUCCGAAUAGACGAAGACUCCAUUCAAAGCACUGUAUCAUCGAGAACCAUUUCACGACCUGAGGAUAAAAUUCUGUAUUUUAUUGGACUCGUUAAUUCUAAGUUAGCAUUCUUCUCCUCGUGGUUAAUAAUCGUCGAUAACGUGGUAGAUCUUAAGACGACAUCAGCGUUUUUCCCUAAUCUAGGACAAAGUGUAACAGGAAAAGGACAAAUAUUGGUUACUACACAAGACAGUCAAGCGAUUCCUCCUGCAAGUUCUGAAGUCUACCACGAAUCUCUAAGUAAAGGAAUGGAACAUGACGAUGCUUUAAAUGCUGUAUGUGCUAUCUCACAACAAUAUCAAGGUAAAGACGUGGUGCUUGAAAUUGCAAAAGCACUUGAUUUUCAACCACUAGCUCUUGCCUGUAUUGCUGUCUACAUGAAGUUAGUCAAUCAACAUGACACCGCCGUUACUUGGCAUAAAUGUCUUACAAAGAUCAAAGAAGGAAAACACGGAAAAACAGAAAAACCGUACCUCGAUACCAACGUUCAAGUCUAUUCACAAUCGAUGGCUACAGCUGUGAAGAUGGCUUUAGAUAGGGUGGCCAAGGAAGAUAAUGUCAUGAUGCUUGCAUUUCAGAUAUUGUCAGUACUUGCCCUGGAUCCAAUACCGAUUAAGUACGUUGCUCAAUAUGUUGUCCUGUGUAUGCCAGAGGAAGACAAAGACCUUAUACAAGCUCACAUUGCCCGCUCUUCUCUCGUUCUCAUCUCUGAUGAUGGCCAAGAUGUCCGUGUUCAUCAAAUUGUAUAUGCUGCAUUACAAGAAAACGUAAGAUAUACAGUUGAAGGGGAUUGUCUUAGUCUGGCAAAUGUGAUUCUAUCAUUCUCAGCUAACUAUUAAAGAUGAUGAAGAGCCGGAUUAUGACUUCAUAACAUGUACCAAGUGUCUUAUUCCACAUUUUCUAACUUUGCAGACAAUCGUACAUUCAAGCUUGUUUGUAGGCAUGAAUAAAGAAAGAACACUUGAGGUAGCAAAAUGUAUUUCGUGCUCAAUUGGUAAGAUAUGUUACAUAAAUGGUAAGCUAGAAUCAUCAAGAAAAUAUCUUGAAAUGUCUAUUACAAUGAAAGAAAACUUUUGUACUGGCAUCGAUCUUUUGACAGAACGAAAUGCACUUGGAGAAAUUCUUUAUGAUCUUCAAGAAUUCACGAAGGCAAAAUAUUGCUUCGAACAAGCACUGGGUGGUGAUUAUGAUGCUUAUCUUAACAUCAGCAAAACAAGUAGUUUAUGCCUACGCGCACUGACUAAUCUUGGGAUGACACUUUCCUGUAACGAACUCGGAAAAAAGCAGGAAGCCGAACGAUGUAUAAAGAAAGCACUUCCAUUCAUCGAAAAGAAAACUCCAGAUUUUCCAUUUAGGGGUCGAAUAUUCAACAAUAUUGCAAUGGUGUACUAUCAUCAUAUGAUCUAUGCAGAAGCAAAAACAUUUUUGGAAAAAUCCUUUGCUUAUGACAAGAAACAAUAUGGCGACAAUCAUCCAACAUUAGCCAUACAUUUGAAUAACCUCGGUUUGGUGCUAAAAGAUCUCAGACAGUACGAGGAAGCCAAGAAAUGCAUUGAAAGAGCACUCGAUAUUGCCGAACGUCUGUAUGAUGAAAACCAUCCAACAUUAGCCAUACAUUUAAAUAACCUCGGUUUGGUGCUGCAAGAUCUCAGACAGUACGAGAAAGCCAAGAAAUGCAUUGAAAGAGCACUCGAUAUUGACGAACGUGUGUAUGAUGACAACCAUCCAACAUUAGCAAUUCAUUUAA